CAGGCCGCAUCCGUUUCGAAUCAUCGACCCCAUUGUCGGCCAGAUCUGCGUUUUGCGAAUCGUCGGCUGAUCCGCCCAGAGCCCAUCACCUUCCCCCCCCCUGUCGCUCGACAGCAUCAUCGUCACAUCCGAUUGUCUCUGCAUUCCAACACCACCGCCUACCGCAAAAAUGGCUCCUACCGUAUUCAAGUCCGAGUUCGCCGUCAACAUGACCUGCUCGUCGUGUGCCGACUCGGUCCGCUCGACACUCUCGGGCAUCGAUGGCAUCGACAAGAUCGACAUCCAGCUGCCCGAGAAGCGGGUGAUGGUUGAAGGCGCCGUCCCCCCUUCCACGAUCUUUCGGGCUCUCAAGGCCACCGGCCUUGCCACGGUGUUGCGGGGCCAGGGAUCGACCGGGUCUGCCAACAUCGGAGCCGCCGUCUGCAUCUUCGAGACCUUCCAGGGUGCCAAAGGAUGGGCCCAGUUCAACAACAAGGGCCUGGCUCGGCUGCAGCAAGUCGAUGAGCAGACCUGCCUGAUCGACGUUGCCGUCGACGGUCUGCAGGAAGGCCACUGGACGGCAGCCGUCCACACCCUCGGCGACAUCAGCAAAGGCAUCGAAUCGACCGGCCCCGAGUUUGCCGAGCUGGGCUCCUUCGAGGUUGGUCCCUCGGGUCGCGGCGAUCUCGUUGCCGAGACUUCCAAGCUGAAGGUCUGGGAUGUCAUCGGCCGGUCGAUUGUGCUCUCGCAUCAGCCCACCAGCGGCACCCGCAUCCCGCUGAUUGCUGGCAUCAUUGCCAGAUCGGCUGGCAUUUUUGAGAACGCCAAGCGAGUGUGCUCGUGCUCGGGCCGGACCCUGUGGGAGGAGACCACUCCCUUCUAAGAGCCAAGGCAUGUAUGUGCGCUCUCGCCGACAGCGCCAUUUGGCAGUGCGAUGCACCAUAUCGUUGUAUCGUUGUAUCGUUGUGGUUGGGCUGCGAUGGAGCCAGCGCCAGUCGACCCCAACCCAAUGCCGGUUCGUAGCCCGUGCCCAUGUCUCAUCCGAACACCGCUUCGGCUCGUAUGUGUCGCUGCUUCUUGUCGAACAGCGCCGAUCUCGGGUGGUCAGAGCCCAAAAUAUAGAGCAAGAAUGUGCACCAGCAGGAGACUCCAUGCGGAACCAUCAACUCACGGCGUGCAUCGAAAGGUGAAGGCUGCCAUGAUCCCAUCCCAUCCCAUCCCAGUCGCUCGCCCCCAGCCCCCCGCAGACCGGCGAC